AUUGAAAUAUGUCUUGCGGUGAUGACGAUGAAUUUGAACCGCGAAUUACACCAAAACCCGCUCCUAAACUUGAUUGCUUUACAGUACCAUCUGUACCUGAAGUUUCUCUAAUAUUUGAUAAACCUUACAAGAUUCCAGAACAUACACAUUUACCAUUUGCAGAAUCUAAAGGUUUAACAAGUAAAAAUAAUGGUUCUUUUUCAUCAAAUCAUAAUGGAUCAUAUGCAGCUUGGAAAGAACAGAAUUAUUUAAGGAAAUCGUCAUCUUCUAAAGUCAAUGAUUAUACAACUCCUCUGAAAGAACAAUCUAAUCAAAAUUACAAUGCACAUUCAUAUUUGACAAAAGAUAACACCGGAAAUACUUUAAAUGAAUCCAAACGAAAGAGUUAUACUUUAAGAGAAGAUAUUUAUAAUUCUUCAAAAUGCAAACAAAAAACAAAUAAAGGAAGCAAUGAAUCUCUUCAUAAACAUAAUUAUGAAGGAUAUGAAAGUAGUGCAAUGUAUAAAGAUCAAAACACAAAUGUAAAGAGUCAAUGCAGCAAUAAAAUAAGACACAUAGAUUCUUUGUCUGCUACACCACAUAUUGUCAAACCUUGCAUAAAUGCUGACAAUUACAUUGUUAAAGAAAAUGAAUAUUCUCCAUUAUUGUAUGAAAGACAAUUAGCAGCUCAUAGUAUUAAUCAACAAAAAGGAUCAUAUAAUGAUUCAGUUCCUGACUCAAAUCUACAAAACUUAUCUAUUAAUCCAAAUACUUUGCAACGAAAUGAUUUUCAAUUCCCAUAUUACUUAAGACAACAGCACCCUUAUUUCAACAUGAAUGCAUAUUCAUUUCCUCAACUCCAUCCUUAUCCUACUAAUAAUACGGAUAAUCAAGAAACAUUAAAGAACUUACUACAAAUUAUAAAUAAUCAAAAUGAACAGAUCAAGUCUUUACAGACACAAGUGGAUAGAUUAUUAAAAAUGCAAGAAGAAACUCUAAAAGAAAGAAGGUGUUCUUGUUUCUUUCAAUCACAAGAACAAAGUACAAACUCUAAUGAUAUUUUAGAUACUUCUAAUUAUAUUACUGUGCCAGAAAAUACAAGAAAUACAAGAGAAUCUUCUCUUACAGAUAAAAGAAAAGAGAAUUGUAACAAAGGUGAAAAUCUAAACCAAAAUGAAUUGAUAUUAACAGAUGCACAAUCAAAAAAAGCAUUUAUGGGACAAAAAGUAUCAAUUGGUGUAAUGACAAGUUUUGAAUUAACUGUACAAAAUAAUCCUUUUACAGUAGAUAUUGAUAAUUAUGAAAAGAAAGAUACUCGACAAAAGCAAGAAAAUUUUAAAGUGUGUAAUAGUGUUGGUCUUCAUGAUACCAAUGAGUCAUUAAGAAGAUAUAAAAAUUCUUUUACUCGAAUACCUAGUGCACAAUUAGAAAAUAUAGUUGAAGAUUCAGAAAGUUAUAUGUCAUCUAGUCAACAACAAAGUAGUAAUUUAAAUGCAACUACUUCUACAAGGGAUUUAGAGAAACAAGCUUAUGUAGAUAUUCGAAAAGAAAUAGAUGCCCAUAUAUCUGAAUCUCCAAAAUUAUGUAAAGAAGUGACAACAAAUAAAACUGAAGUUAGAAUAAAAAAAGAUUUAAAAAAUUGUAAAGAGAAAACUAGAAAUUAUGAAAAUACAAAAACACCAAUGAUUCAAAGAACUGCUGAAUAUAGUGUUCCAAGAAGUAGAAAGAUUGAAGCAAAUACUAUUACUAAUGUAAAUCAGGAUAACAAAGCAAAUAUACGAGAUAAUGAUUCUGUAAAAACAAAUAAUGUAAAUAAUUCUUGUUAUUACAAUGAUUGUCAACAAGAAGGAUUUAAACAAAAUUCAAAUUGCAUUGAAGACAGUCUGAUCUUAAAUGGUGAUGAUUUGAAAAUAAAUGAAAGACUACCUAGUCCAGAACCAAGUCUUCAUCUUGAAAUGCAGGAGUACUCCAGUGAUGAUGAUAGUGAAAAUGUUAAACGAAGUUCAAACUUGGGCUGGACACUUUACAAUGAUGUUCUUGAACAAGUAAAUCAAUUAUUACAAAAAUCUGGUAUUAUAGAUGAACAACAGAAACAAACAAAAGUAAAUCAAAAUGAACGCGAUGAAUCUGAAAGUAGAGUAGCAUUAGAUCCUGUAAAAGUAGCUACAUUAGAACAACUUAAAAAACUUGGAAUUAGUUUAAGUGAAAAUUCAGAAGCUAAAGAAUUGAACAGCAGUAACAAGAUGAGAUUUGAUUCAGCAUAUUAUCCACGUUUGGAUUAUCAAACAAACAUGACACAAGCUACAAGUGCUGUAAAUGAAACAAAUACAAGUAUGCAUAUGAAAGCAUUAGCUUUAAAGUACCUAAGUAAUGAACAGCUUGCUGAAUUAGCAGUACAAAGGCAAAGUGCAUCUGUUAAACAUCUCAUGGUUAGCAACUUGCAAGGAACAAAUAUGUCUUUUGCCACAAUGCGUUAUUUAGAAAGAUAUCAGUUAGUUCCAGGAAAAACUAAUAUUCAAAUAGAAGAUAUUAAUACAUUGCAAAAUGAAAUGUCUCCAAAGGUAGAUUUAAAAGUUACAAAUCCAAGAAAUAGUCCAAAACAAUUUCCAUUUAAUCAAACACCGCAAACUUGUCCCAAUAAGAUUUUAGACAUUUCAGCUUUAAAACAACAACCUAAACUCUUAUAAAUAACAAACGAAAAUUAUAAUUUUUCAUUCCCUAAAAUUGUUAUCUUUUUGAUUGUUAAUCCUUAUUAUUAUAAUUUUGAUUAUUUCUAUGAAUAACGUAUAAUUGUAUCUAUCAAUAUAUGCUGCUUGAUUGACCGCAAAUAAUAUGCAGUCGUGAAUAGUUAUUUGUAAGCAAUCAAAGGGUUAAAAAUAUUUAUAUUCAAAAGAAAAUAUCUUUACAUUAUUUAUUUCAUAUAUAAUAAAUACAAGAAUUUUUUU